AUGGGAUAUGGCAACUUCUGCCAUCAUGACUCAAAUCACUAUGAAACUUGGAAAUAUCCAAAUGAUUUCAACGACUGGUUGGCUCCAAGUAAAAUCUAUUGUCUUCUUGAUAUGGACGAAGGAACUCUAUCAUUUGCUGCCGAUUCCGAAUAUUUGGGUGUUGCUUUCAAAGGAUUUCAAGGAAAACACUUUAUCCAAUUGUUGGAUGUGUAUGAGGUCACUGUGAGGCCACAAUGA